AUGAUAGUAUGUUUAAUACAAAAUAUAUCUUCGCUCAAAUUUAAAUUGACUAACAUUGUGAUUGAUUUUGUUGUCGGCCAUACUAAGGUGAAAACACCGGAUCCCAUUCGAACUCCGAAGUUAAGCGCCUUAAGGCUGGGUUAGUACUAAGGUGGGGGACCGCUUGGGAAGUCCCAGUGUCGACAACCUUUUUUUAAUUAAAACUCAUCUAAUUUCAAUUAAAAACUUCAUAUAUAAGAGCGCAUUUAGAAGUAUAUAUUUUGCUGUCGGCCAUACUAAGGUGAAAACACCGGAUCCCAUUCGAACUCCGAAGUUAAGCGCCUUAAGGCUGGGUUAGUACUAAGGUGGGGGACCGCUUGGGAAGUCCCAGUGUCGACAGCCUUUUUUUUAUUUUUAAAUUAAAAAUAUAAAUAAAUAAGAUAAUAUUAUAAAAAUACUAUGUCAAUUAUUUUUCGCAUUUUGAAGUAUAAAUUUUGCUGUCGGCCAUACUAAGGUGAAAACACCGGAUCCCAUUCGAACUCCGAAGUUAAGCGCCUUAAGGCUGGGUUAGUACUAAGGUGGGGGACCGCUUGGGAAGUCCCAGUGUCGACAGCCUUUUUAUUUUUUUUGUCAAAGCGCAUUUAGAAGUAUAAAUUUUGCUGUCGGCCAUACUAAGGUGAAAACACCGGAUCCCAUUCGAACUCCGAAGUUAAGCGCCUUAAGGCUGGGUUAGUACUAAGGUGGGGGACCGCUUGGGAAGUCCCAGUGUCGACAGCCUUUUUGUUUUUUUAAUAAAUAAUACCUAGUUGA